UUUUGUUGUGUGUGUAUUUUAUUGCAGAGAUGGAUGAGGAAUUAAAAUGUCCAGUUUGCGGUUCUAUAUUCAGGGAUCCUAUCAUUCUACCCUGCUCUCACAACAUAUGCUUGGCUUGUGCUCGCAAUAUCAUUGUGCAGACCCCAGAAGGCGAGUCACCUCACUGCCGAGCAUCUCGGAGCUCAGAUUACGAUUAUCUAGAUAUGGAUAAAAUGAGCAUGUACAGCGAAACAGACAGCGGCUAUGGAUCUUUCACCCCGUGUCUCAAAUCACCUAACGGAGUGCGGGUCUUCCCCCCGGCACCGAUCCACCGUAACUGCUCCAUCACCUGCCCGCUGUGUCACCGGAGCGUCUCCUUGGAAGAGCGGGGAUUGCGAGGCUUUCCUCGGAACCGACUCUUGGAGGCGAUCAUUUCUCGUUAUCAGCAAAGCCGUUCAGAGACCAUCAAGUGUCAGCUUUGUGUCCGUAACCUUGCCGAAGCCACAGUUAAGUGCGAGCAGUGUGAUGUGUUUUACUGCGCUCCCUGCCAGCAAAGAUGCCAUCCAUCCCGCGGACCCCUCGCCAAGCACCGCCUGGUCCCGCUGAGCCAAGCGGCCACCGGCGGCAGUCAACAGCAGGCAGCCCACAAAUUAGCCACCUGUACAGAACACGACCUGGAGAACUACAGCAUGUACUGUGUCAGCUGCAAAACCCCGGUGUGCUGUCAGUGCCUCGAGGAAGGCAAGCACGCUGCGCAUGAGGUGAAAGCACUGGGAGCUAUGUGGAAACAACACAAGGGUCAACUAUCCCAAGCCUUGAAUGGUGUAUCUGAGAAAGCCAAGGACGCUAAGGAGUUUUUGGUGCAGCUGAAAAACCUAUUGCAGCAGAUACAGGAAAACGGCGUGGAGUUUGAAGCUUGUCUUGUUGCACAGUGUGAUGCACUCAUUGACGCACUGAACAGACAGAAGGCAAAGCUUCUGACAAAGGUCACCAAGGAGCGUGAAUAUAAGUUGAAGGUUGUAAGGGAUCAGAUAACCCACUGUACAGUGAAGCUGCGGCAGACAACAGGCCUGAUGGAGUACUGUUUAGAAGUACUCAAAGAGAACGACCCCAGUGGAUUUCUGCAGAUUUCGCAUGCUUUGGUCAAGCAAGUGCAGUUGUCUCAGGAGCAGUGGGUUAAAGGUGCCCUGGAGCCCAAAGUUUGUCCAGAGUUUGACCUGUCUCUGAACAGUGAGCCAUUACUCCAGUCUAUUCACCAGCUGGACUUCAUUCAGGUGAAAUAUCCCUUUACAGUUCCCCCUGCACCAGUGUUGCAGCUGGAGGAGUGCGGCACCUGCAACAACAGUGCCACGCUGGCAUGGAAGAUACUCGCGUUCAGCCACUCUCCUGUCGAGGGCUACGUGCUGGAGCUCGAUGAUGGAAACGGUGGCCAGUAUAGGGAGGUGUACGUUGGGAAGGAAACGCUGUGUACUCUUGAUGGACUGCACUUCAACAGCUCUUACAAUGCACGGGUCAAGGCUUAUAACGCCUCCGGGGCUGGACCCUACAGCAAAACUGUCGUGCUGAAGACCUCUGAUGUGGCAUGGUUUACCUUCGACCCCAGUUCGGCUCACCGGGAUAUUGUCCUCUCCAAUGAAAAUCAAGCAGUGUCCUGCAGCAGCUAUGAUGACCGGGUCGUACUGGGAACUGCAGCCUUCUCUAAAGGAGUACACUACUGGGAGUUGACCAUCGAUCGUUAUGACAACCAUCCCGACCCGGCCUUCGGGGUCGCAAGGAUAAAUGUCAUAAAGGACAUGAUGCUGGGGAAGGACGAUAAGGCCUGGGCUAUGUAUGUGGACAACAAUCGCAGCUGGUUCAUGCACAACAACUCCCACACAAACAGGGCAGAGGGAGGUAUCAUGCAAGGAUCUACAGUUGGUAUCCUCCUGGAUCUAAACCAGCACACCCUGUCAUUCUACAUCAACAAGCAGCAGCAUGGGCCUGUGGCAUUCGAAAACCUGGAUGGAGUAUAUAUGCCAGCUGUAAGCCUUAACAGAAAUGUUCAGGUGACACUGCUCACAGGCUUGGAGGUACCAAAGAAUUAUAAACUUUAAACUCCAACCAUUGAACUUGUGUCCAGGGAUCGCCAUCAUGUAUUCUAUUCAAAACCCAAGCUACAACAAACAUUGUCUUUACUCUGGAAUAUAGUGUAGAAAUAUGAAAUAUGAUGUUAUCAAAGUGCUCCUUCCGAUAUUCAGUCUGAAGUCCAGGUCUUGCACAUUCAAACAUUCACAUGGUGACAUUCAAAUCUACUGUUGUUUUAAGAACAAUGUUUGUUCAUUCAGGAUAUAAAUAGAAGCCGGGGGCCAGCUUCACAAAGCACUGCUAGCACUUACCUUUUUCAAAAAGCAAUGCUUUAAGAUAGAAAAAUAAAGUUUAGCAGAAAUCCAAUCAGCAAGUCUAUAUGAUUAAAGGAUAAAUGUGUAAUAUUCUUGUUUUUUAUGGAAGUGAAUUGGAUAUAGAAGAGUGCUACCUAGAAGUACAUUGCGAAACUAGCCUCUAAGGUUUAAGGUUUUGUUUGGACAAAUUAACUUUUAGCUGGGGAAAAAGAUUUUAGGAAAAUACAAAUUCUUGCAGAUAAACGCGUCAUUGAUAAUGAAUCAAUGUAUAAAAUAGAUCCACAUUUUCUUUUUCCUGCAAGAUUUGGUAUAUUCACAAAACAACUUUUCCUAGCUAAAUGUUAACUGGAUUGGGCACUGUCCUGUUAGCUUUUUUUUUUUUUUUUUUUUUUUUUUUUUU